CCGUGAAACAGCAAUAUGACGAGGCUCACAGUUAUCGCUACCGCGAUUGGUGCUGCUGUGCUGAACUACGUCCAGUGCGCGAGCAUCACGACCACGACAGAGUCCGCCAGCGAGGAGCCAGUGGGCGAUCUCGAGCCGCGGAUCUCCGCUUCCAACCCCGGGCUGGAAAUUUGGAACAAGAACUUACUUCCUUCUGGGCAGGGCGGUCUUUCGGUGGGCCAGUAUGACUGGGAAAGGAGGACCAAGUACGAAUAUAACCACACUAAGGAGAUCAACACCUACUCGUACCAGGAAGGCACCUUGCUGACCGGCUGGGUGAUCGCCGUGAUUGUCAUCGUUCCUCUGAUUGUGCUCAUCGCGAUCAUCGUGGCCGGCGUAUGCGUCUACAGGGCCUGCACGAGGCGAAAGGUGUACCCUUCGUACGCUUAUCAGGCAGGACCACCGCCCUACCCAGUUAACCAUUGAAUGCAUGCGGA